AUGUUUUUUAAUAGAAAUAAAUCCUUUCUCUCCUUUGUUCAUCGAUUAAUUUUAUCUAGAACAAUGGUGAGAUAUCUUAACCAAGAUGAAGCUAUCAACAUUGAUGUUCAGCUUUUCAGUAAAUACAGGUUUAGUGUUGACCAAUUAAUGGAACUGGCUGGCCUCAGUUGUGCAAAUGCUAUAGUAGAAUGUUACCCUAACCAAAAAAAAGUUUUAGUUUGCUGUGGACCUGGUAAUAAUGGUGGUGAUGGCCUAGUAUGUGCCAGACAUUUAAGACAUUAUGGUUAUGAACCAUCAAUCUUUUACCCCAAGAGAACUGAUAAUCAACUUUACCAGAACCUAACUCAUCAAUGCCAGUCAUUAGACAUCCCAUUUAUUGAAUCUUUAGAUGAAGAUAUAAUAAACAAGAGUUAUGAUCUAGUUGUCGAUGCAUUUUUUGGUUUUAGUUUCAAACCUCCGGUCAGAGAUACAUUUGUUCCUUUUAUGAAAGCGUUGAGAAAAACCAAGAAACCUAUUUGUAGUAUAGACAUUCCGAGUGGUUGGAAUGUGGAAACUGGUAAGCCAACGGAUGGCAUUGAGCCUGAAAUGUUAAUAUCAUUAACGGCUCCCAAACGAUGUGCACAGUCAUUCAAUGGAAAAUUUCACUAUUUAGGAGGAAGAUUUGUACCUUUCCAACUUGCUGAAGAAUUUAAGCUUCACUUACCUGAUUUUCCAGGAACCAGUAAUUUUGUCUCUUUAAAGUUUGCGAAGAGCUUGGUCCUAUAUAUCUUUUGAGGUCUGUCAGAGAUCAAGUCCAGCUGUUUCAAGAAAAGCGAGGAUACACCCCUGAAGAAAAUAAUUUCGUCAAUCUAAUGGCUAUCAUGGUUCAGCAAGCUGGCCAUGCUAUGUAUGGAGUGUUCACCAUGUUUCUCGCCCUCCUGCCAGCCGCAAACAUAUUCCUCCAUGUCUGCCACUUCAUCCUCGACAGGCUCGUGGAUAUCGUCACCACUCGCAAGCAAUCGGACAUCAUCUUUAAAGGAUCCGUGUUCCUCUUGCAACUCGUGGCUAUAUUCCUAGCGAUACGUUUUGUCACCUCGGCGAUAUUCUCCCCCAUCCUGUACAUGCAGAUGACUAUUCUCUCCAAGAUGUCUUUCAUGGACGAUUCUUCGGGUAUGUCUUCGGUAAAGCGAGAUGUUACUAAACCGUUUCUUCCCAAGUGUUCCAACUAA